AUCAAAUUUUCUUUUCACUGCAGGUGCUAGUUGAAUUUGCAUAAGGAUUAGUUGUUCGGUUACAAAUCAAGGUUGUUCAUGAUUCAUUGUUUUCUUUGAUAAGGAAAACAUGAAGCACAUUGCAUUUGUGAGAUCUCUUCGUGCCUGUACUACCCUUUCUAGAAUAAACGGACCUUUGCAAAUUCGUUUAUUUCAACAUGAUUUUGUUCCAAGAGAUCCCAAAACCAAGCCUAAACGCUACAAGUAUCCUCCAUUUUAUGAUCCAUAUGGACCUAGACCUCCACCUGCUGAUAAAAUUGUUCAGCUGGCCGAGCGAAUCAUUGCUCUACCUCCAGAAGAACGAAGACAAAUUGGUCCUUCUCUUCAUGAGAGGUUAAGGCAUCCAAAGUUGCAGCCAAUUUCAACUGAAGGCAUGGACAUGGGUCCAAGUGGGGAUCAAGGACCUUUAAAGGUUGAGGAGAAAAAAGAGAAAACCGCAUUUGAUGUAAAGCUGGAGAAGUAUGAUGCUGUUUCAAAGAUCAAAGUAAUUAAAGAAGUCAGGGCAUUCACUAACUUGGGAUUGAAGGAAGCUAAAGACUUGGUUGAGAAGGUCCCAGUUUUGCUCAAACAAGGGGUAACCAAAGAGGAAGCAAAUGACAUGAUAGACAAGAUAAAGGCUGCCGGAGGAGUUGCAAUUAUGGAAUGAGAAGGCAUUUAUUCUUUGUUUCUUGAUUAGCUGUUCAUUGUGUGUUGGAAUUUUGUUGCAGAUGAGUAUCUAUUCAGACUGCUAGAAAAUUUCAGUUUGUGAGGAAAUAUAAAUGGUGUUAAAGUAAAGAACGCUGAAGCUGGCUUAUCUACAGAGGGUAGAGGCAGGCCAUGUUGGUUUAUUAGACACUGUUUUAUUCUUUGUUGACUGUGUGUACUGAACAGUAUGGAAGGAAGGGUGUGGGGGCAUAGCCUAAGCCUUUUUAUUUUCAAC